AUGCGAAACAUGGACGAGGGUGCUUCGCGAAUUCGGAACAAGUCCAACGGUCAAAGGCAACCGAACAAUAAAAGAGUCAGUGAGCCCGUUCUCCCGCAACGCCGUGCAUCCUGGGGAAGUGGCCCGGAGCGGCCAGCGACCGCAGCGACCGCAGCGACCGCAGCGACCGCAGCGACAGCGACGGCACGGCAGAAUGGCACACCAGGGCGAUCGCCUUCUGCACCACAAACGGCCAGGAACGGAACUCCCCACAAGACUCACGCCACUCCAUCACGAGCGUUGGAUACACCAACACCAGGAGUUCCCUCUCCAGCUGGUGUCCACCGUGUGGCACGCCAGAUCCUGGCUUCAUCACCGACGCAGGAUGUGGUUCACAUCAAUCUGCAGCAGCCCAUCACCAGCUACAUCUCACCUUCAGAGACUUCAGUGUCCUCUAAAGUCCCAUCCCCUGGAAGCCCAGGUUCCGCGCCCCAGGAUGAGGUGAACGAUCGCCAUCGGCCCGAGGCAGAGCUUCUGCGCGCUGAGCUGCUGGAAUUGAAGCGCAACUUUCAGGCUCGCGAAGCGCAGCUGCUUCAGCAGGUGGAGUCCCUCUGCAGCCAGCUGGCGGCUGCCAGCUGCGCGCGGGACGCGGCGGAGGCAGAGCUGCGCACGCUGCGAAGUGAAGUGGCAUCACAGACGUGCACUGCACAAAAGAGCCCCAGCCUAGUAGCUGGUAUCGAAGAGGAGCUGCAUCGCCAGGGCCGGGAGCUGCAGCGCCUCUCCUCCGCCUUCUCCGCGCUGGAGCUGGACAGCCAAGAGCGGCACAGCGCGGCGGAGCGGAGCUGUGGCGCGCACGUGAAACACCUGGAGGAACUGAUUCGCAGCUCUCAGAGUCAGCAACAGCAGUUCUGCUCUGACCUACAGGCGCUUUGGGCCGAAGUGUCGCGUCAACGCGCCGCUGCCCCUCCAGCGCCAAGGGAUGCUCCCAACGGGGCUCGGCCCCGUGCGAGGACGGGUGAGGAAAGGAUGAACGAUGUGGCGGCCAACGCGCUGCUGCGGAACAUCUACUCCGCCGUGUCCGAGCUGCCCUGUGGUCAUGGUUUUACCUUCUCCCCCCGACGGGUGGCAGAUGCAGGAGGUGACGGGGUCCACUGGCUGGAAGUGAAGGUUCCAUGCGGGUGGCGUCGCCCGUGGCGCAAGCUGGGGCCCUCAAGAGAUGACCCUGAGAUUGGACUGCUGCGGUGGUGCCUCUUGUUGAUUGAUGUUGCCCUAGGUGCGUCCCUGGCGCAACUGGCCGGCGCGCAACUGGGGAGCCGCGUGACGUUGCCGAGGCCCAAGGUCGACCAAGGGAUUGGGAUGGUUGCACUUGGAGCGAAAGAGCCCAGCGUUUUGGGUGAUGGCGGCCCGGCCAUCGCCACGGCCGUCGGAGCAGUACAGUCCCUGGCGGAAGUGCCAAAUUCUGUGGCAAAGCUGGAGGUGGUCGAUCUCCUGGUGGUGGCGGUGCUUUUCCCCUUGGAGCUUUGCUGCUGGCUGUGUGAGCGCAACCUGGACACCCUGCAGCCCUGGAUCUGGUACCAACGCCUGGCGAGUUUCCUCCUCUUCCGAUACUACUUCAAGUCUGUGAGCAUCUCGGACCCCUGCGGAGUGCUGGAAGGGAAACUCGGGCGGCGCUUGAUUUUCUGCUCCAACCACCCCACAGGGCUGCUGGACCGGCUGUUGGUGCAGCAUUUGUGCCCCUGGUGCUACUGCUUGACGCAAAACUGGUUCGAGUACACCAAUGCCGUGGAACGGUGCCUCCACGUCACCCAGGGAAUGGCCUUUGAUCAUGUGGUGCAGACCCUGCGAAAGGAUGCCGCUGUGUGGGUGGCCGUGGGUGGUGCAAGGGAGAUGCAUCCGCAUAUUCGAAAGGUGCACACAGGUGCUGCGCGCAUCGCCAUGCAGUGUGGCGAUCUUUGGCUGGUGCCGAUGCAUUUGGCCUUCGAGGCCCACUGCCAGCGCGGCUCCAGCGUCCUGGUGGAGCUGGGUCAACCCCUGCGGGUCAACCACGAGGACACCGAAAGCCAUGCGGGGCGUGAGCGCGUGCGGAGCCUGACGCGAGAGGUGGAAGAGAGACUGCUGCCGUUGACCAAUUGGAUGCCUGUGAGCCAAGAUGAUUUUGGGAAGAAAGGCUGGCGUGGCGCGGGUGAGACCAGGGUAGCGAUUGAGGAGUGGUAUCAAGUUCGGGCCAUUGACACAUUGAUCCACCUUCAAGAGGUUCAUGAGGGUCGGCCCGCACUGCCCUGGCCCUGCCGAGUGCGUCGCCUGCGCACCACGUUGCGUCGGGCCACGGCUGAGGGGCAGGUAGGGUUGCCAGCAGCAGUGGAAGCUGUGCGAAGAUAUGUUGAGCUGUUGGAGGGCCACCUGGGUGCUUCAGCGUUUCAGCCGCCCUGCGGCAGCUUCUGGGACCUGCCGCAGUCCUUUAAGGCGCUGCCGCGCGCGCCUGCGCAGGCGGCACCGGCCCUGAAGACCCCGAAGCUACUGGAGCUGCGGAACUUUGCGGCCGGGGUGCAGCGGCACGUGGGAGGCGCUGGAAAGGACCACCCCGCACUACGUGCAGCCUUGGCGGAGUUGAUGGAGGCUUCCAAGGAGUUCAGAGUGGCCUACCUGGACCCAUAG